AUGAUAUGGUGCUCAAGCGAUAAUAUUAAGGCUUCUGCUGCGCUGAGUGCUGAUGGUAGCACAGCAUCCGCCAUGGCCGAUGUUGUGGAGGGCACGACGCAAAGAACUGUGAGCGAGUCUGGGGGUGGCCGCCGCUCUGGUGAUGUGACGCUUGAUGCUGCCGAUGAUCCUUUACGGGUACUGCGUUUAUCACAGCAAAAUCAACAGCCUGCCAAUACUGAACCGCAACGGGCACACAUUCCUGCUUGGUUAGGUGCGUCUCCAUUGGGUCGUAUACCGACUACGAAUGAGAUGGAUAUGCAACUAGCCGCAUUGGAAGCAUCUCUUGCACGCACUCCACUGCCGAUGGAUAGCGAGCGGCCUCGAACAUACUUGCCGAAAAUACCAUGUCCAUGCGCGUCUUACUAUCCACAGGUAUCUGCACAAAAUGUCGACACACUUGAAUACUACCUGAGGCUUAGUCCAGAAACCCUCUUCUUCAUAUUCUACUAUAUGGAGGGAACGAGAGCGCAGUUGCUAGCAGCGAAGGCGUUGAAGAAGUUGUCAUGGCGCUUUCAUACCAAGUAUCUCACGUGGUUUCAACGGCACGAGGAACCGAAGCAAAUCACGGACGAUUUUGAGCAGGGAACCUAUGUGUAUUUUGAUUACGAAAAAUGGUCACAACGAAAAAAGGAAUCAUUUACUUUCGAAUAUCGGUACCUUGAAGACAAGGAUUUCGAAUGA